AUGACCAGCCCAGCCGACCCGUUUGCGACUGUGGACGCACAUGAUACCAGCAGUAAUGCCCAGUAUGCAACGGCUUCCGACACUCUCAAAAGCCCAAACUCGACGACCGACUCAAGAACGGGCCUUAUGUCGCCUAACGAAGACUCUCGACUGCUUAGCCCUUCGACGUCACCCAACAUGCAAGAGUUUGGUACAAGGCUGUCACGGCGGAGUCCAUUGAACCCCUCGUCACCGCCGGUAUCGUCAUUCAACAACAGUCGGCAGCAUCCAAGCAGUAACGCCUCAACGUCCUCGAGACCAGCUUCAAGAAGCAGUAGCACCCACCCCUUUCUAGCGAGCAAACACCACAACGGCAGUAACGAUUCGGAUUAUUCGGGACCCCCCUUCUCACCGUCAACGCUUUCUACAAUGGGGCUGGGUGGUAGCACAGGACUGGGUCUACCUCUUUCCAGCGGUGGAGGAUCGGCAAGGGGUUCUAUGAUUCUGUACCGCCUAGCCGACGACCCGGCGACGCUGCGCGAUUCGUCCUUCCUGCAACCACCCCGGAUGACAGCUGGGAUGCGUGACAGCGUAGCUUCUUCUUCGGGCGAAUCGAUUCUGUCAUACGCCGAUUCCGACUCGAAAUACCCGUCCGGUGUAACAACGCCCCGAGGCCUCGUCCCAUACGUUUACGAUCCCACCACCGACGAAAACGACCCGCCCGAUGACGAGGACUUGCUCCAUGAUCCUGACUCGAAAGAGUUCUUCACGAAGCAUGGAAAGAGGGAGUUUCCGUGGAGAGGGGUGCUGAAUGUGACGGUGUUGUGCACGCUGAUCCUGGGGUUGCUUUGCCUAUUCGUGUUCUAUCCCGUGCUCAGCGCUUAUCGCAAUUCGGAGAGGGAUAAGAAGAUCGAGGGGAAUUUGAGGAUAAAUGGCACGGGACAAUCGCCAGUCUUGUUCCAAAUGCCAGAACUCAUCGACCCUGAUACACCUCACUCCGCUCGUACCCGCAUAGGCUUCGAUGGACACGAAUACGAACUCGUCUUUUCGGAUGAAUUCAACGUCGACGGUCGUUCCUUCUACCCCGGCGACGACCCCUACUGGGAGGCUGUCGAUCUGUGGUAUCAUGCAACGGGCGACUUGGAAUGGUACGACCCGCAACAAGUCACGACAAAGGAUGGCGCAUUGGUGAUCACGAUUGAUUCAGUUUCCCAAACUCAACCCGGACUGACGCAUGGUUCGACGGCCCCUUUUACGACAGCUGAAAACCACAACCUCGAAUACCGCUCCGGCAUGGUUCAAACUUGGAAUAAGUUCUGCUUCACCAGUGGAUACAUUGAAGUCGCAGUGACAUUUCCCGGUCCCAAUGAGGAUACGCAAGGUUAUUGGCCAGGUGCAUGGACAAUGGGCAAUCUCGCACGACCCGGUUAUCCGGCUACGACGGAAGGAAUGUGGCCUUACACAUACGAUACUUGCGAUGUCGGUACCUUCCCCAACCAAACGCGUCCAGACGGCUCUGGUCCAGCCGCUGCACUUUACUCGAAUGCAUCUCGAGAAAGGUACAACAACGAGCUAAGCUGGCUGAGUGGGCAGAGGUGUUCCGCCUGUUCAUGUCCCGGCUCUGAUCAUCCCGGCCCUCGCCACGACUUUGGUCGCGGCUCUCCCGAAAUCGAUAUCUUCGAGGCGUCGAGAGACAAGUCGCGCCCUCCUGUCGGUGGUACUGUCUCGCAGUCUGCACAAUUCGCCCCCUUCACACACGAUUACAUGAUCAUCAAUACGACUACUGACCAUUGGCAAAACUUUAAUCCUCCUUUGACAAGACCCAAUGCAUUCAGGGGAAGCGCUGUGCAACAGUCAGUAUCUGGUGUUACUCGUGUUCCCAGCGACAUGUUCCAGGGAUCGCCGCAGAAGCGGUUUGUCACUUUCGGUUUCGAAUACUGGGCCAACCCCCGCAACCGAGACGAGGGCUACGUCUGGUGGCAAGUCGACGACCAGCAAACGCAUCGCGUAGGCGCACGUUCCGUAGGCCCUGACCCUGAAGAGGAGGGCGGCGCUGGUAUUGGGCCUCGACUGAUCCCUGAAGAACCAAUGGCCAUUAUUCUGAACCUCGGCAUGUCGCCGAACUGGCAGACGAUCGACUUGUCCACGAUGAUCUUCCCCGGUGAGAUGUUGGUGGACUACGUGCGUGUAUACCAGAGGAGGGACGCGAUCAAUAUUGGAUGCGAUCCCCCCGACUACCCGACCAAGAAGUAUAUUGAGGAUCACUUGGAGGCUUACGAGAAUCCUAACAUGACCGAGUGGAGAUGGGAACGACCACGGAAUCGCUUGCUCGACGGAUGCUAA